AUGGAACUGGAGCCAGUCCCUGUUUCGGAUCCAGUCAUUGCUGAAAUUGAAACUCCAACCGAAGAUCCCGAUACCCCUCCUGAUGGCGGUUACGGAUGGGUUAUAAUUUUUGUUUGCUUCAUUCAUACAUUCUGGAUCAAUCUUUGGGCCGGAUCUUGGGGCAUCCUACAGGCAGCUCUCCUUCGAACAACACUCAAAGGUUCCUCGCUGAGCGCCUUGUCAUUCGUUGGUAGUCUUGGUGUCGCCUUGGGUCCUGCGCUUGGAAUUCCCGCCAUACGAAUAGUUCGUGUCAUUGGCGCUCGUGCAGGCAUGACGGUUGGUAUUGCCAUCUAUGGGCUUGGCUGCCUAGUGAGCAGUUGGGCUGUUAACAGUCUCGUGGGUUUAUUCCUGGCCUGUGGAGUCUCAUAUGGUAUUGGAUCAGCUUUCACCGACACUUUAUACAACACUCUUCCGGUUUUGUGGUUCAAAAAGAGACUUGGAUUAGCAAACGGCAUCGUCAAGCUUGGUGGGAGCUUCGGAGCUCUCAUUGGGGCUGUUUCAGUUGGCUAUCUGACCGAAGGCGUUGGAGUUGCUUGGACCUUUCGGAUACUGGGUAUUGCAUCGCUCGUUACGGGUAUACCCACCGCUUUACUUGUCAAAGAUCGUGGUGCUCCCCCCGAGUAUCCUGUCAAGUGGUCUGUCUUUAAAGACGCCUGUUUCUCAUGGCAUUUCGCGGCUGGUGCAGUUGGAAUUUUCCCCAUAUAUGCACCCACCUUCUUUCUCCCCUAUAUCAACAACGCCCUUGGGUUUUCGAACUCUACAUCAAUAGCCACGCUUUCUUGCCUUCUGGUGUGUAUGUCACUAGGCCGAAUCCUGACAGGCUUUGCGUGCGAUAGGGUCGGCUCCAUGAAUGCUUUGUUCUUUACCUCUCUGGUAAAUGCGAUUUCUCUGUUUGUAGUUUGGCCUUUUUCUUCCAACCUGGGAAUGGUUCUCUUGUUUUGCAUUCUGAAUGGCCUGUCAAAUGGAGGUUUUGCGGUGGCAAUUCCUACUGCCGUUGGCCGUCAUCUACCAGUCGACGAUGCGCCAGGAGCCCUGAGUUUGCUUUUCACAGGAUGGGCUCCUGGUAUAAUGGGAGGGAAUGCAAUAUCAUCGGCUUUGAUUCAGAUCAUGCACGCAGAUGUUGCAAAGUCCAUUGUGCCUUUCCGGCCUGCUAUGUACUACUUUGGUGGGACAGCCUUGAUUAGUACUGCUUGCGGUGUUGUAGCUCGUUUAAUCUAUAGCCGAGAUAUGCGAGUUAUUGCGUGA